GCCAGUACCAAUGUCUGGAUCUACACCUACAUCCGUCUGUUUGCACCUCAAUUCCCUUGAGCCGCAUAUUCCAUUUUCAACCGACCGAUUCUUAGGAUAGUUGCAGUUUGUCUGGACUUUGAGAUCUUACGUGCAUUAUCAAGAUCUAAGAAAAUGUUUGCAGUGCCGGGAUGGUCCGUUUCGGCGGCCAACCUCAAGGCCGAAAAUGCCAAAGACGGCAAGGGUGCGGCGGAUAAGCCAUCUGAGAACCCCGGCGCCAGCAAGCGGAAGCGACCUUCUGGGCCAGCUAGCAACGUCACUUCUGGCAAUGUUGCAGCUCUGUAUGAGAGUGUCAUUGAGGGCAAGGAAAAGCCAGCGAAGAAGCCCAAGCUGAAUCCUGACCAAGCUUCUGAGUUCAAGACCUUCAAGAAGACCUUGAAGCAGAAGAAGAAGGAGAAGAAGGAGCGCGAAGCUGGCAAACAGGCUGAUGCCGGAGCUGCCGAGGAGGACACUUCAGCGAGCAGGCCUGAUGCCGCUUCCAAGGAAGCCACUCAAGUAGACAAGAAGGAGAAAAGGCAGAAGAAGUCCAAGGGCGGCCAGCCAGAGAUCCAGAAUGAACAACCUGCCUCAGCUGCAGCGAAGCAGGAGGCGAGCGGCAAACAAGCACCGGCGGCUCCUUUACCAGCACAGCCUAAGCUCACGCCUCUUCAAGCUUCCAUGAGGGAGAAGCUAGUGUCAGCCCGCUUCCGACAUCUCAACGAGUCAUUAUACACCCGACCAUCUGCGGAAGCCUUUUCGUUGUUUGAGGAAUCCCCCGAGAUGUUUCAGGAAUACCACGAAGGUUUCCGCCGCCAAGUCCAGGUCUGGCCAGAGAAUCCCGUCGACGGCUACAUAGCAGAUAUCAAAGCUAGGGGCAAAAUCCGACAGCCACCCAGGGGCGACAAGGGCAAGCCUACUUCGGGACCGGCGCCACUCCUGAGGACUCAAGGUACUUGCAUCAUUGCUGACCUCGGAUGCGGUGACGCAAAGCUGGCCGAGACGUUGCAGUCUGAGAAGAAGAAGCUGAAUCUCAAGAUCCUCUCGUACGACUUGCAGAGCCCUAGUCCAUUGGUCACUCGCGCAGAUAUCGCGAACUUGCCGCUCGAGGACGGCAGCGUCAAUGUUGUGAUUUUUUGCCUUGCGCUCAUGGGCACCAACUGGACGUCUUUUAUCGAAGAGGCAUACCGCAUUCUGCACUGGAAGGGCGAGCUCUGGAUCGCCGAGAUCAAGUCACGCUUCGCUCCCGUCAAGAAGGGCAAGGUCGUGACGCACAGUGUUGGGAACCGGAAGAAGAACCAGACCGGCAAGAAGGGCAAGGGCGGCCCAGAGGAUGAUGCAGCGAGAGAGGAGGCGUUAGCAGUCGAGGUUGAUGGUGUGGAGAUGAAGAGCCAGGAAACCGAUGUCUCGGCGUUUGUCGAGGCGCUCAGGAAGAGAGGAUUCGUCCUGCAGGGACAAGGCAAAGAGGCAGUGGAUCUUGGCAACAAGAUGUUCGUCAAGAUGCACUUUACCAAAGGUGCAACGCCAGUGGUUGGGAAGGGUGUCGUUGCUGCUAAGGAGCAGGGUCGGCCUGGGCCUAAGAAAGGGCCCAAGUUCAUUGAGGCGAACAAUUCGGACAAUGUGGACGAGAGCAGCAUUUUGAAGCCCUGUGUAUACAAGCUCCGAUAAUUCGGCAUUUAGGCUGAGGACUUGAGACGGGCAGCUAUACGCAUGCUUCACAUUUUACAGCGAGACCAAUUGAGUAAUUUACAGC